AUGAUCGACUCGUCUUGCCUGAUCCCAGACGCAGCCGCACAUCAUCCAUCCACACAGAAGUACGCACUGGACCAUCCUCAUCCUGCAACAAUGACUGAUCCAAGAAUACGGCAGAUUAAAAUUAAGACCGGUGUCGUCAAGAGACUGGUCAAAGAAGAGGCGAUGUACAGGAAGGAAGCUCAGCAACAGGAGCAGAAGGUGGAGCGCAUGAAAGCCGAGGCCGGAGACGAAUACGUGAUUAAAAAACAGGUGGAAGUUUUACAAGAGGCCAGAAUGAUGAUCCCAGACACCCACCGUCGCCUGGCCAUAGCACACGCUGAUCUGGGGCAGUUAUUAGAAACAGAAGAGGAUUUGGCAGAGGCAGAGGAGUUCAUAGAGGCGAGAAACAUAUUGGAUUCAGUGAAGCUUGAAGGGUGA